AUGGAAGAAGGCAGUAACAUCAUUGCCCUAAUCUCAAAUCUGAGGGAACAGGAAGCCGUCCUGAUUUCCGAAGCCAUCGUAAACUCAUCCGCAGAGAACGCCGAUGACCCGCUGAAGUGUAAACCCGAUCCCCUCAUCCAGGUCAUUCAGAAGCUCAGCAAAAUUGUCGAAAGUGAAAAGUCACAGAAAUGUGUUUUAAUUGGGAAAAAACGCUUGUACCCUGACACCACCAACCUUCCAGAGGUCCCAUCUAAAGCCCUGGAAUUGCCUGCUUUGGGCACAAUCAAUAUAGAAGACUAUUACACGAUGGACAGUCCUCCGCUGAGUAAAAGGAAGGUCCUUUGCUACCAGUGUAGUCUCUGCAAAUCCGUGUCGCCCACCCUUCCUCUCUUAAAGGAGCACAUCAAGCAACACGGUCAGCAGAACGAGGUCGUGCUUAUGUGUUCCAUGUGCAGUUUCACCACCCGGAGCGUAGAGGAUUUUGAAAGUCACGUUCGAAGUCACCCAGAGAACAACAGCAAAAUCCACACCACGUCGAAGGAACCGCAUGGCACCGGCCUGUCGGCUACCGCUUUGCCUGAGCCAGUAGAAAAAGUCACAAUCGGCACAGAUCAAGGGACGCCGCCACCCCAAGUGCCCGAGAAGGGGAGGCGGAAAUGGUACACCUACGAGCAAUACGGCAUGUACCGAUGCCUGAUUUGUAGCUACACUUGCGGGCAGCAAAGGAUGUUGAAAACGCACGCUUGGAAGCACGCGGGAGAAGUGAACUGCUCGUAUCCCAUAUUUGAGGAGGAAAAAGAGCAAGCCACCUUGCCGGAUUCUGCCACGUUGGACACCGUCGUCCUUUCCCUAGAAAACAACGAGCAGGGACUCGGCAACAACCAGCCUGUUCAACUUCGCAUUUGUAGCCCCGAGCCGGUGGCCUUCAAAACUGAAGAACCUGUCAAAGAAGAGUCGGCCCUAAGUCAGCCAACUGCGCUUUCACCUGCAGACAGAUUCCUAGAGGAGCCAAGGUCGCAUGAAGACCUGGACCAAGACCAUUUGGGGGCCGACAGCUUGCUUUCUUCAGCCCAGAAAAUCAUUAACUGCAGCCCAAACAAAAAGGGCCAUGUUAACGUCAUUGUGGAACGCCUGCCCACCGCCGGAGAGCCCGUUUUGCAGAACGAAGCCAUGGAUAACGUCUUGCAUUAUUCCGUGGACGCCGGCCCUGAACACCCUCCGGCUGUACGGGACGUGUCGGGCGACAUUUAUCACAUGGAUAAGAAUUCGAUUGAAAUCGAAGAAGUUAUCAUCGGGUGGAGCAGCGCGGAAAAGGCAGAAGGCAACAUAAAUCCCAGUCGAGCUAAAACGGCCAAUGAAAAUGCACCAGCCGCCCGGAGGAGAACCAAUUCGGAGUCUCUGAGGCUGCACUCGCUAGCUGCCGAAGCCCUGGUUACCAUGCCAAUCAGAGCCGCGGAGCUUGCCCGAUCCAGCUUGCGGGCUUUCGCCGAUGUAAAUCCUUUAAGUUCGGAGGCUGGGCCGAGGCUUCCCGAGGGCGGCUACUUAGGCCAUUCUAAACGGCUUGCCUCCCUGAAGACGGAGGAAUUGAGUAGCCUGAACCAAGAGGAGCAAGCUUUCGUGGAGCUGCAGAAGGACAAACCGGAGAUCUCCGAAGGCCCCAUCAAAAUGGGCAUCAGCAUGUCGCUGCUGACAGUCAUUGAGAAAUUGAAAGAGAGGACGGACCAAAAUGCCUCCGACGAGGACAUUUUGAAGGAGCUGCAGGAUAACGUUCAGUGCCAACCUUCGGGGGAUGCCGGCGUGUUGGGGAGCAGUCUGGUGGAAUACAUCCCCGACGCGGAUCGGCCUUUCCGGUGUCGCUUAUGCCACUACAGCAGCGGCAACAAGGGGUACAUCAAGCAGCAUUUGAGGGUCCACCGGCAGAGGCAGCCUUAUCAGUGUCCGAUUUGCGAGCACGUCGCCGACCACAGCAAGGAUCUAGAAAGUCACAUGAUCAACCACUGCAAAACCCGAAUGUACCAGUGUAAACAGUGCGAGGAUUCUUUUCAUUACAAGAGUCAGCUGCGCAGUCACGAAAGAGAGCAGCACAGUCUCCCCGAUACGUGCGCAACCCCGACGUUUGACGAAACCCGGAUUGAAGGGGAACAAAUGUCUCCUGAUGUUCUUAUUCUAGGGGACAAGAUCUCAGUUCAGAAACUUUACCGAUGCGACAUUUGCGAUUACACAAGUACAACGUAUGUUGGAGUGAGGAAUCACAGACGGAUUCACAACUCGGAUAAGCCCUACAGAUGUUCUCUCUGCGGAUAUGUAUGCAGCCACCCGCCUUCCCUAAAGUCUCACAUGUGGAAGCACGCAAGUGAUGAAAAUUAUAAUUAUGAACAAGUGAAUAAAGCGAUUAACGAUGCAAUUUCACAAAGCAGCAGGCUACUGGGUCAGCUGCCUGGGAAGAAAGUAACCAAAACUUUGGAAGAUGAUGCCAGUAGCUCCGAAGGCGUGUCUUUUUCAACUUCUCCUAAGCCGAUGGAGAACAAAAUAAUGAGUUCAGACAACCAUCAAGAUCCAGCUUCUACCACCAAUACCUCAAGCAGUUCAGAGAAGGCUCCAGGCCAGUCCCACCUUGGCUCAGAAUACUGUGUUCUGCUCUUCUGCUGCUGUAUCUGUGGAUUUGAGUCCACCAGCAAAGAGAAUUUGUUGGACCAUAUGAAAGAACAUGAAGGGGAAAUCAUCAACAUCAUUCUCAAUAAGGACCAGUCAGCAGCUCAAAGUGUAAACUAAAUCAACGUUUC